ACAACCACCAUCACUGCACCCACAGCCAGCCGCACCGCACUCACACCGCUCUGCACUGCCCAGCACUCCCUGCCGCGAUGGCCGAGCCCGAGGCGGGCGAGGAGCGCGCCUGCCGCAUCUGCCGCAGCGGGCCCGAGCCCGACAGCCCGCUCUUCCACCCGUGCCGCUGCAGCGGCAGCAUCCAGCAUGUGCACGCCGAGUGCCUCAUGGAGUGGCUGGAGCACUCGAAGAAGCGCCACUGCGAGCUCUGCUCGACGCCGUACCGCUUCCGCAAGCGCUACGCCGCCGGCAUGCCCGCCGUGCUGCCGGCGUCGCUGUACGUGCGCCAGGCCGCCGUGCGCCUCGUCUGGCUCGUGUGCACCGCCGCGCGCGCGGCCCUCGUCGCCGUCGCCUGGCUCGCGCUGCUGCCGCUCGGCAACAUCUACUCGUACAACGGCCUGCUCUGCAUCGGCGAGCUGCUCGUCGCGCUCCUCACGGGCAGCGAGCCGGGUGAGGCGGGCCUGCGCGUGCCGCCGCCGCCGCCGCCGCCCGCGGUGGACAGUGAGGCGACGAUGUGCGCCGGCGAUGCGCGCGCCACGGCGGCCGCCAGCGUGCUCAGCUCCGUCGUGCACGGCUCGCUGCGCAACCUCACCACGCUGCGCGCCGCCAACAGCACCGAGCGGCAGGUGCUCGUCGAGAUCCUCACGACGCCCGACCUGGCGCGCCAGCUCAACAUGACGCGCAGCAGCGCGCGCGGCCUGGCGCGGGCGCUGCGCAUGGGGCCGGCGAAGCAGGGGCUGGUGUGGCUGGGCUACGGCUGGCGGCUGCCGGACGGGGCAGAGCUAUCGCGCACGCUCGCGCGCCACAUCUUCGAGGGCCAGAUUCUGACCUGCGCGCUCGUUGUUGUCUUCGUGGCGAUCUUCCUCUUCCGCGAGUGGGUGCUGCAGAACAUGCCGCAGCCGCUCGACGAGCUUGGAGGCGAAGACGCUGCAGCAGGCGCGCCUCCGCGCGAGGCUGCUCGACGAGGCGAGGACGCACCAGAGGCUGCAGAGCCAGCUGCACCAGCGGCCGGCUUGCAGGACAUGCCCUCGCCCUUGUUGCGCGCAGCUCGCAUGGACGAUGCGGACCUCACCAACUUCGUUGCGCGCGUGCAGCAGCUGAGUGCACAGCUUGAGGCCUCGCGAGCUGGGCUGGACGAAGCCGCGGGCACAGAUGCAGGCGCCGAAGCAAACGAGCCCGCUCGUCAGCCACACGACGAGCUGGCGUUGAUCUCCGCCCUGGCCGAGGACGAGAUCGACGUCGCUGCUGUGCGAGCGGCAAGGCUUGACCGCUUCGCUCCGCGAGACAUCCGUCCGCUGCCCACCCGACGCACGCCGAACUACCAGGCAGCACUGGACCUUCUGGAGGAGCAGCACAGCGACGUGAGCGCCGCUUCGUCUGACGCCGGGCCAACCCCGGGCCCCUCAUCGCACGAGAAUGCUGAGGCCGACGCGUCGCUCCGCGUCGUAGCGGAGCAUCAAGAGAUCACGCUGCCGGCUGUCUCGUUGGACAAGGGCAAGAGCCGUGCCGUCGAUGAGGACGGCGAUCGCGCAGCGGCAUCUGACGAGCUGGGUGCAGAUGGCGACGCACAUCAGAGCGCUUCGUCUAGUGGCGCAUCCACGCCGGGUUCUCCCGCUUUUGCCGAGCUGGAGAUCAGCGAGAGCCGUGAGCUCGAUCCGGACGUCACCGUCGAUCCGCGGCUGUCGCCAAAGGGCGCCAGCAACUUUGUCGCGCUCAACGAGGACGGACACGGCGAUCGCUGGGGAGCAGCUUCGACGAGCAGUCCGCGGCCGAUGCACCAGCGUGUCCCGGUCGAGGCGGAGACCGCGGAUCAACCGACCUCGUCUUCCACCGCGGCCGCUCAUGCUCCGGUGCAUGCUGCUGAGGAGCUGGCGACGCCUGGCGAGCCUCGGCCCGCCGAGCUCGUUGCCGACGUGCAUGCGCCCGAGGCGGAGGCCGAGGAGCCGGGCGACGAACCGGACGGGGACGCGGCGGGCGAGAACUUCGACGAUUUUGAGGUAUGGGGCGGGGACGGCGAGGAAGCAGAGGAGGAGGCCGGUGGCGCACAACUAGAGGAGGACCUCGAGGGGAUGAUGGAGGCGAUCGGCAUGCGCGGCCCGCUGUCCGGGCUCGCGGCGAACGUGUCGCUGAUGUAUGUCCUCUGCAACUUCGUCAUGCUCGUCUUUGUCGCACUGCCGUUCGUCGUCGGCAAGCUCUUCGGCGUCGGCUCACGCCUGCCUGCGCUGCUGCUGCUGCCCAUCAAAGUCGUCCGGCUCGCUACCGACCCAGUUUUCGACUUUAUCAUCGGAUGCGCCCACGGUGUUCUUCGGCCAGCUGUACAGCUCGCCUCAGGCGUCAUGCCGGCUGCACGCCUCGCCGAGCUUGCACGCUCCAGCUCAGGGCCGUUGUCCUCGCUGGCGCAAAAGUUCGCAGCGCUGUCGACACAGUCUACGGACGCCUUGCCCGUCUCGCCCUCGCAGCAUGAGGCAUCGCUGCUCGGCCAGGAGCUCGUCGACUAUCUGCGUGCCUCGCACCUCGCCCUCGACGCGCACACGCGCGGCCAGUCGCUCAGCUCGCAGGCGCUGUGCGUGGCGCUGGGCUGGGCCUAUUUUACGCUGCUCGUCGUGGCGCAGAGCCAGCUGCUCGGCGAUGCAUUCUUCGAGCGCAUUCACGCAAAGUGGUUCAAGACGGCAAUCGACCAGCAGCUCACGCUGCUCAAGGUCAUCAUGUUCACCGUCGUCGAGCUGCUUUGCUUUCCGAUGGCGUGCGGCGUGCUGCUCGACCUCUGCACGAUGCCGCUCUGGGCAGGCAUGACGCCGGCCGCGCGCUGGGCACAGCUGUGCGCCGCGCCCUUCUCCACAGCCUUCACGGUGCACGUCUGCGGCACAUUGUGGAUGUAUCUCUUUGCUCAGUUCGUCGGCCAGGUGCGCGCCAGCGUGCGCCCGGGCGUCAUGUGCUGGAUCCGCGACAGCAACGAGCUCGACUACCACCCCAUCCGCGAGAUCCUCGAGCGGCGCACGUGGCUGCAGGUGCGCAAGAUCAUGCUCUCGGCGGUGCUGUACGCCUCCGUGCUCGUCCCGACCGUCGGCACGUCGAUCCUUGCCGCCAAGCGCCUCGGCGUGCUGCCCAUCGUGUGGAAGCCACACGAGGCGCUCUCCGAGCAGCCCUUCGACCUCGUCGCCGUCCUGUACGUGCUCAAGCCGACGAUCCGCGCCGUUGCACCUGAGCGCGUGCUCAAGGCCGCCGGCAGUCACUUCUUCGCCCGCGCUGCGCGCCUCCUUCGUCUGUCGGCCUAUCUGGUGGGCACGAAUGCCACAGACGAGCAGGCGCCAGACGGCAGCUACGCGCGUGUGCCGAACCAGGACAGCGUGCCGCCGGGUCGUCCGCUGAUCCUGCAUACUGAUGCCGCCGGCAAUCCUCUGCACGUGGCACCUGCCGUUCACCCGCGCACAGAAGACGAGGCCAAGGAGGACGGCCAGUACAUUGUGGUGUGGCUGCCGCCGCUGUUCAAGGCACGGAUUGCGGCACUUGUUGCCCUACUCUGGCUCACCAUCUGCGCUGCCGUCGUGAGCGCCCUGGCGCUGCCGCUCACGUUGGGCCGUCACGCGCUGCGUCUGCUGUUCGCCGAACCGCUGCACGACUUCUACCCCUUCUGCCUCGGGCUCGGCCUGCUGCUCGGCGCCGCUGCAGCCGUGGCCUCUGCCCUCAAGACAUAUCAGCGAGUGCAGCGGUCCCCAAACGUCAGACGGCGCCUGCGUCGCACGGUGUUUGUGCGUCUGCGGCUGCGCGCUCUGAAGCUGCUCCGGCGCAUGUGGAUCGUCUUUGCAUUCGGCACAGUGACGCCGCUGCUCCUCGGCCUCGCAGUCGAGACCUACCUGAUCGCUCCAUUCCGCCCGGGCGCGGCCACGGCCACGACGCCGCCAACCAUCUCGCUGGGCAGUCUGCUGGCGCUGGGCCUGCUGGAGCAGCGCUUCGCCAUUGUGCUGAUGCUGCGGCUGGCGCGCAACGAUGUGCCUGCGCAGGCGCAAGGAUUCACCGCGACGCUUACUGCCCUCCACCACAACGGCAUCGCACGACCACGCGCCGUGCGUGCGACGCUCGAGGUGUUCCUCCCGGUCGUCGCUCUGCUCGGCUGCCUGGUCCUUGCGCCACUUGCCAUCGUGCUGGGCAUCUCGCUGGCGCACCCAGUCGACGGCCCGAGAUGCCUCGUCGAAGUGCAGCGGGCCCUGCUGUGCUCGAUAGUCACGGCGGCGCUGCUCCUGCAAGGCUACCGCCACGCACAGGGCUGGUCGGUGGCCAUCCGCGACACGUACUUCCUCAAGGAGCUCGAGCUGCGAGACUACGACGAAGAGGCUAAAGGCGACGACGUCGUUCAAGACGCCCCGGCCGAAGAGCCCGCCGAGCCGCCUGCGAUCGACGCUCAGCCGCCGCUCGAGCCUCCAGCACCGGCUGGCGGCCAGCCGGUGCCUCAGCCUCGCACCUCCGACGAAACCAGCAGCGCCGACAACUGGUCCGGCGCGCUGCCCAGCGAGGAUGCCACGCCCGCUUCGUCGUCCGACAUGGGCACUGCGUCGAGCAAGCAGAGCUUUGACGCCGGCCGUGCGCCCCACGACGAGGCAGCGGGCGAGGCAUCUCGCCCUCCGAGCGUUGAGCAGGGCAUGCUCGCCGACUCGAGCCCCGACUCUCACCCUGUCCAACCUUGAUCGUCACCUGAUUCCCGGCUCCGUCACCCCACUCAUCAUCUGUACCACCUGCAUCUGCUACCUCACUGAACCACUCAUUGCGUGUC